AUGGAAAAGGCCAAUGGCCAACAGAAAGUCAUGGCCGCCACUCCAAGUUCUCAUGAGCAGCUCCAAGAACAAAAUAGACUGCUCCGGGCUCAGGUGCGGCUGCUCCAGGCAAACUGCCAAUGGCUUUCUUCUUGCAACAACACAUUGGUCGAUUAUUACUCAAUACAAGGAGCUGGUCAACCUGAUUCCACAUUUUCGAACCCAUACAAUAGUCUUUUACAGCAACAGGGUCUGAUCCCCUCGGGCAAUCGUGACACAGAUGACAGCGUGCUGAAUUCCACCUUUAAUCAAGCAAACCCUGCGACGGACGUGGGGCUCCCAAGUCAACAAACCAUACUUCCAUUUCAUACCGACGUCUCUACUAUUCAUAAUCCUGUGUCGCAUCGCACAAGCACGUCUCACCAAAAGCUGCGGAGCCGGCAAGCUUCCAAACGGCCACUGGAGUCUUCUAGCCUCUGGUCAGGUGAUCCUUCCAACUUAACCACCACUGAGCAGGCAAUACAGACAACAGCAUCAGCGCAAUUUGAUAUCACUGAUGGUGGAAAUGCACCAAUGCAACCUGAUUUUAGCAACAGCGUGAAUGAUGUGCCCGGCCUGCCCGGCUUCGAUGAAUCUUCCAUUAGCCAGGCCUUCAGUUCCAAGCCAGAUAUUAAUGAUGAAUCGAACGAGUUGUUGAGCUCACACAAUACAAACGAUCCUCACUACGAAACCGAAACAAAUCCCUACUAUCUGCUACAACAAGGCAAUUUGCCCAUCGCAAGUACACCAUUGUUAGAUGUGCUCCCGGUGGAAACCACUGACCCUGUUCCGACGAAUGGAGCGCAAGCAAUCAUACCGCGGGGAGCGUUGAUCCAACAGCCACAGUGGACACCUGAUAUACAACAUCUCUCAACCGCCACCUGCACCGGAGGAAAUCUAGAUCAAUAUAUCUACGCCCUCCGAGACUUCAUGCAACGUGCCGAUGCGGGUGGUAGUACUCUUCCUCUCAAGCAGAGAAACAAAAUUAUGGCUAAAGGAGUAUUGUGGGUGGUCCAUGAGGCUUGGCCUGAAGCCGAACAUUUCUGGAAAACAACGGCUUCCUUUCAGGGGUUUCUACAAUGCGAAGUGUGGCGUAAUUUUCCCAAUCCAUCCGUCUAUCAAUCUAUGCACGCAGCCUACAAACCGACGCACAUUCAGCUGUCAAUACCACAUUCUCCUGUCAUUGACUGGCUCCCCUGGCCCGACUUGAGAGAUAAAAUCAUUCUCAGCCAAGACUACAUUGACGUUGAUCUUGUCUGCAAAACUGCUAUCCAAAAUGUGGUCGCCCACCGUCGAGCGAUACCCCAGGCUCGUCCACAGAAGCGAGUCCGGCGAGAUGCCGCAGGCAAUUCGCGCUCAGCCCCGAAAACUUCUUUCCGGGUAUGGGAUUUAUGUGCCCUGGAGGAAGCUGAUGGAAAGAAACCACAAGAAGGCACUGCACUGUCGUAUCGACCGAAAUCUGCCUCCGUGAGGGCUUUGGAGAAAGCCUACGCACUAGAGUGUGCUGACUUCGAAACCCAGAGGUUGCAUCCUAAUUUCUUCACCAAAUUUCCAAACUUGUGGUGCGAAAGUGUGAUUUCCGAUUACACAGUCCAGGAACUGCCAUCACUGCGCAAUCGCUCGGAUCACGAUGUGUUGGCGUCUUCGCAACCAAUGUCAUCGGCCGCAGUGGCACGGCUGGAGGCGCUUGGCUCGAAAAUGUUAAAGGCCGGGGCAUGA